AUGCUCCGCCGCCUACCCGUUGCCGUGGCCGUCGCGGCCGCGGGCCUCCGCCGCUCCCUCUGCACGGCGCGCUCCCGCUCGCGCCCGCCGUGGGCCCUGAUCCAGCGCGCGUCGGUCGACGAGUCCGGGGCGCUGGCGCCGGCCGUGUCCUUCCGCGCCGGCGAAGCCCCGUCCGUCGCCGGCCUCACCUUCCCCGCCCACCUCGUCCACCCGCGCCGCCCCGGGGCCGGCGACGGCGGGUUCGUCUCGGGCCAGGUCGCCGCCGCCAGCGGCGACGGCCUCCUCCUCGUGCGCUUCUGCCACGCCCGCCUCGACGCCCACGCCCUCGUCUGCAACCUCUCCUGGGCCGGCACGGACGCGGACCCGGAGGUGGUCCGCUUCGUCUGCAACCCGCUCACCGGCGAGCUCUACCGCCUCCCGGACCUCGACGGCACCAAGAGGACCUCCGCCUGCCGCCACCUCGGCCUCCUCACCCAGUCCCAGGCCGGCGACGGGCCGCCUGAGAGGUACGCGGUGGCCGAGAUGUUUACUGAUGACGGAGGCCCGGAGGAGGAGGGGGACGGGGGCUUCGUCAUGCGCCGGUUUCUCUCGGAGACGGGGAAGUGGGACAAGGUGGCGGGCUUGCCGUCCCCGCUGCCCGUUGGGCGGAAGAUGGACAUCGACAACGCCGUGGUGGCCUUCGGCGACCGCCUGUGGUGGAUCGACGAGAGCUGGGGUGCCAUCUCGGUCGACCCCCUCAGCGACCGUCCGGAGCUCCGCUUCGUCGAGCUGCCGAGAGGCAGCGUGCUCCCUCACCUGGACGGCAUGGCGUCGACGAGGACAUCGGGCAGCCACCGGCGCAUGGGGGUCAGCGAGGGGAAGAUGCGCUACGUCGAGGUGUCCAAGGAGAAGCCAUAUGUGAUCAGCUUGUUCUCGCUGGACGACGGGGGCAGCUCCUGGACGCUGGACCAUGAGACGGCGUUUGCUCCGAUUUGGGAUGAUGCACUCCUCUGUUCGGCACCCUUGGAGCAAAUGCUGGCAAUUGGCGCCAUCAACCCACUGAAGGCCAACAUCGUGUACCUUGCCUGCGGCGACAAAAUUCUUGGCGUCGAUGUGGUUACUAAGAAGAUAACUGGGAUUUCUGGUCUAGCUAUAGCAGUACCAGAUCAUCCCCUACUACCAUGUGUGCUUCCAACCUGGCUGGAAUCAAGCCAAAUUCCAUCUGCAGGUUGGAGCAAGAAAAACACCCUUAAAAGUGAGGUAUCGCCAAACACUGUCAAAAGGGAGAAUUUGCAUGUCGAAAUAGAACUGUUGAAAUGA